AAAGCCUCGACGGGAGUUGAAAUUGCUCAGUCGAAUGUUUUGAUGACCUGGACGCACGUGGAAAUGAGUGUUGCUCAGGUUUCGAUAAUCCUCCUGAUUGUCAUCAGUGCAGUGGUAUGUCAGUACGAACGUCCGUACAAACCAAGUGGAUGGCGUCCGUCCGGACAGAGCUUCAAUGCUCAUGACAGUGCUCAUCACUCCAAUCAUUAUAAUUAUCCACCGCGCAUCGAUAACUCCUACGGGCCACCCUCAGGCUCAUCGGAUCGUGAGGACCUCACAACUACCACAACAACCACAAUGACACCGAGAAGUCGAGAACCCACUACACAAUCGAACGAAUCCGAAGAGGAUUCACAAUCUAAUCCUGCACUGGCAAUAGCAAAUUCCUUUGCAUUCAACAGGCCUGUCUACGUGUACACUGGAUUCCCACUGCAACCCGCAUUCACGUAUUUCAAAUGAAAAUUCUUUGUUAUUCAAUCGGUUUGAGAAUUUUUAAUAAAUUUUUUACAUUCAUUUUUUGAAA